AUGCUCAGGGAGAACGUGGAGAAAGAGAAGGAGCUCACGGCCAAGCUAUCGCCGCCGCCCGGCAAUGUUUGGGCUGGGCAGAUGAGCCACAGGGCGAUUCAGAUGAUACGGAUGAUCCCCCUGCCUGAGGGGGUGAGGGAGGAAGACCAGCUGCCUGAGGUCAAAAAGUACCUUGAGGAGAACCCUGAGUGGGCGAGGUAUGUAGACAAGCUGUGGGCAGAGGUCCCGCCUUUCUCUUAG